CACUGCCUCUCCCUGCCCUGCCAGCACCGGGCCCUGCGAUGCCGUUUGGCUGCGUGACGCUGGGAGACAAGAAAGAUUAUAACCAGCCGUCUGAGGUGACCGACAGAUAUGACCUGGGCCAGGUCAUCAAAACGGAGGAGUUCUGUGAAAUCUUCCGGGCCAAGGAGAAGACGACGGGGAAGUUGUACACCUGCAAGAAGUUUCUGAAGCGGGAUGGGCGGAAAGUGCGGAAGGCAGCCAAAAACGAGAUCAUCAUCCUCAAAAUGGUGAAGCACCCCAACAUUCUACAGCUGGUGGAUGUCUACAUCACCCGCAAGGAAUAUUUCAUCUUCCUGGAGCUGGCCACUGGCCGGGAGGUCUUCGACUGGAUCCUGGACCAGGGCUACUACUCAGAGAAGGACACCAGCAAUGUCAUCCGGCAGGUGCUAGAGGCUGUUGCCUACCUGCACUCACUCAAGAUCGUCCACAGAAACCUCAAGCUGGAGAACCUGGUGUACUACAAUCGUCUGAAGAACUCCAAGAUCGUCAUCAGUGACUUCCACCUGGCCAAGCUGGAGAACGGGCUCAUUAAGGAGCCCUGUGGCACCCCUGAGUACCUGGCUCCGGAGGUGGUGGGGCGGCAGCGGUACGGGCGGCCGGUGGACUGCUGGGCCAUCGGCGUCAUCAUGUACAUCCUCCUCUCGGGAAACCCCCCUUUCUACGAGGAGGCAGACGAGGAUGACUAUGAGAACCACGACAAGAACCUGUUCCGCAAAAUCCUGGCCGGGGACUAUGAGUUCGACCCGCCCUACUGGGAUGACAUCUCGCAAGCGGCUAAGGAGCUGGUGACACGCCUGAUGGAGGUGGAGCAGGACCAGAGGAUCACGGCAGAGGAGGCCAUCUCCCAUGAGUGGAUCUCUGGGAAUGCUGCCUCUGACAAGAACAUAAAGGAUGGCGUCUGUGCCCAGAUCGAGAAGAACUUCGCCCGGGCCAAGUGGAAGGUGGGUGUGGGCUCUCUGCUCCGGAAGAGCCACUGUCACAGGGUGUUUGGAGGGAGUGAUGUUGGAUUAUGGUGA